UUCGACACACAGAAGAAAACAUGUGGAAGAUCUUGGUUCUCCUAGCUGUGUUUCUUGUAAUACAAGAUACUGAUGGUUUCUGGUGGAGAAGAAGAAGGUAUGUACACACGAAAACAGCAUGUGAACAUCGCCGAAUGAUUUUGAAUUGCGGAAGACAUCGGUACAUUCGAGUGCACUAUGCUGCAUAUGGCCGACAAAACUCAAGAACCUGUUCAAGAAAGGGUGCUAGUCAUUGUAGCACAAGAUGUAGAUCCAGAAAAUCCCUGUUUGUAGUAAAAAGAUUAUGCAACGGGAAAAGCAGAUGCUCCAUUAAGGCCAGCAAUUCCGUAUUUGGAGAUCCGUGUAAAGGAACCUACAAAUACCUUAGAGUGAAGUAUUACUGCAAAAAGAGACGCUUUCAUGGGAGAGAUCUGGGUGAGGAAGACAAAAGAGAGACUGAAGACGUGCUGAAGACAGAAGAAGAUGUGGAAUAACUAAGUAACUCAAGCCUGAUAUUGUGUUCUUAGUGUCCCUAUAUUAAAACAAAUAAUGAAAACAA